CAAAAGAGAAAGACUGUGUGAUACGCGUGAACGCUCUCUUACUUACAAAUCCAUCCUCGCACCGCACGCAGAUUUAUUGACCUCCAAAUUUUGCUUGGCCGGGCACCAAAUUCGCGAUUUUGUUUCCAAUUUUGUGUUCAUUCUUCAGGAAUUCUGGUGGUUCUAAUUGUUGAUUUGAAUUUUGUGUUGGUGUAAAUGGGUGAGCAUAUGGUGGUGAAAGUGAACCAGCAGCAAAAUUCAGAGGCUGUUGAGGCUAACAAUUCGGUUCCCCUUCCGGAAGGAAGUGCCCCGAGCGGGAAGAAGCCUGAAAUGGUGGGUUCAUCAUCAUCAAUGCCCUCUGAAGAUGGUAAAGUGGUGGUGGAUGUUGGGGGCGAAGAAGCCGACGAGAAUGCGCCCCUCAUAGGGAUGGGGGAGUGCCGCAUAUGCCAGGAGGAGGAUUCGAUUUCUAAUUUGGAGAGUCCUUGUGCUUGCAUGGGAAGUCUCAAGUAUGCUCACAGAAAAUGUGUUCAGCACUGGUGCAAUGAGAAGGGAGACAUUACUUGUGAGAUUUGUCAUCAGCCAUAUCAGUCUGGUUAUACUGCUCCUCCGCGCCCUCCACCCAACGACGCCACCAUUGAUAUUGGAAGCGUGUGGCAAAUAUCCGGUGCACCACUGGAUAUGAAUGAUCCUCACCUGCUAGCAAUUGCUGAGGCUGAGCGUCAAUUUUUCGAAGCCGGCUAUGAUGAUUACAAUGCUGCCAACAGCAGCGGUGCUGCCUUUUGCCGCUCAGCUGCUCUGAUUUUAAUGGCUCUUCUGCUACUGAGGCAUGCAGUGUCCAUCACCGACGAUGGGGAUGGAGAAGGAGAGGAAGACGCCUCAGCUUUCUUCUCGCUGUUCUUACUUCGAGCUCUCGGAUUCCUCUUGCCAUGCUACAUCAUGAUUUGGGCCAUUAGUAUCCUCCAACGCAGGAGGCAACGCCAGGAGGCAGCAGCUUUAGCGGCAACACAAUUCGCAAUUGUGGUUCAAUCUGCCCAAAACAGAGGACUCCUCGUCGCCUCAACUCCAGCAACAACUGCUCCUCCAGCUGCUUCCUCACAGACAGUCCCUUUGCAGGCUACUCCUCGACAAGAAACUGUCUGAUCGAACAAUUCCUGAAUCGCUUGUCUAACUUUUGUCUUCUUACAACUGUGCUGAAGAGUCUGUCAAGAUCGAAUUAAUACUGUCGAAAACUUCCCUUUUCUCCCUUUUAACGUUCUUUGCAUCCUAAAAACUUCACUCGUUAUGUGUGUAUAUGACUUUCAGGUCCUCAGACACGUUGCCGAGAUGUUAAGAGAUGUCACACUCUCAAGGCAAGCAUCCUCUUUAAAUUCCUGUCGCUAGUGUACUUAUAUGACGUGCUCCAUACUGUAUGACCGCGUAUUGCCAUCCAUUUUCAUACUUUAGUAAAAUUACCGUAAAUUUAGAAUCUGUUAUGUCUUAGCAGUGGAAUAAAUUGGUUUUCUCUACUGUUUUGUUUGUA